AUGGUGAAGGUGACUGGCUCUGAGCAUAAGCUGAAGGUCGGGGACCAUAAAUUCAGCGCUCACCGGAUUGUGUUGGCAGCUUCUAUCCCGUACUUCCACGCCAUGUUCACCAACGACAUGAUGGAGUGCAAGCAGGAUGAGAUUGUCAUGCAGGGGAUGGAUCCCAGCGCACUUGAGGCUCUGAUCAACUUUGCCUACAAUGGUCACCUGGCAAUAGAUCAGCAGAACGUCCAGUCUCUGCUGAUGGGGGCAAGUUUCCUUCAGCUGCAGAACAUCAAAGACGCUUGCUGCACUUUCCUCAGAGAGAGGCUUCACCCCAAGAACUGUCUGGGAGUGCGGCAGUUUGCAGAGACGAUGAUGUGUGCGGUGCUCUACGACGCUGCCAACAGCUUCAUUCAUCAGCACUUUGUGGAGGUAUCCAUGUCUGAAGAGUUCCUGGCGCUGCCAUUCGAAGACGUCCUGGAGCUCGUUUCUAGGGAUGAGCUCAAUGUGAAGUCUGAAGAGCAGGUGUUUGAAGCUGCGUUAGCUUGGAUACGGUAUGACCGAGACCAGAGGGAGUUGUUCCUACCCGAGCUCCUGUCCAAAAUCCGCCUGCCCCUUUGUCGACCUCAGUUUCUCACUGACCGCGUGCAACAAGAUGACCUGGUCCGCUGCUGCCACAAAUGCAGGGAUCUCGUUGAUGAGGCAAAAGAUUAUCACCUCAUGCCGGAGCGCCGGCCGCACCUCCCAGCAUUCAAGACCCGUCCUCGGUGCUGCACAUCGAUUGCAGGAUUGAUUUAUGCUGUUGGAGGACUUAACUCAGCAGGUGACUCACUGAAUGUGGUGGAAGUCUUUGAUCCCAUUGCCAACCGCUGGGAGAAGUGCCAGCCGAUGACGACGGCCCGGAGCCGAGUCGGGGUAGCGGUGGUGAAUGGACUGCUCUAUGCCAUCGGCGGCUACGACGGUCAGCUAAGGCUGAGCACUGUGGAAGUUUACAACCCGGAGAUGGAUUCCUGGUCCAAAGUGGAAAGUAUGAACAGCAAGCGAAGGUACAUGUGGCUCACUCAGUGGGAAAGGGGACCUUUGGAGCAGGAGUGGGGGGAGAAAAACUAA